AUGCCUCCAAAGCUAUCGCGUGGGGUGAUCUUUAGUGUCCCUGAUGACGAUGACGAUCCCCUUGAUUUCCCUGCUCUCUCCAAACCAUCGGCUGACCUUUCGGAUUCCCAGGCACCCCGGCUCUCAAAGUCUGGAACUCGUGUAGUCGUCGGGCGUGAUAUCCGGGAGUUGCGAGAGCGUGCGGAUGAACAGUUCAUGCAGCAUCAAGAAGGUCUCAGCAAGGCGAACCGUGAGGCGAUGGCUGAACUUCGCGGAAGCAACUUCCCUCGUCAGCAAGAAGACGACGAUCAAGCAGUGAUGGUGGAUGACGGGGAUCCAAUGUGGGUUCCUGUUGGGGACUUCUUGGAGAACGAUGACGCGUUUCGCACGGCGAUCGGAGAAGCUGUGCAUCAAAGCGGCAGCCUUCCACGCCGAUACAAGGACGACCGCACAUGGCAUAGGCGCGUUGAACGGAGUACAGCCAACUGGGCCCCUGCCAUGGACUCCCUCGUUGAAGGAUACCUCCAGUGGAGGUACGGUUCUGCUACUCCGUCCUCGACUUCAAACCCUGGCCAGCAAGCUGCCACAUCCCUGCCUCCUGCUGACCAUGAUGUGGUCAUGCAAGAGGAUAACUCGUAUGAUUUCUUGAUCUCUGUUGUUGACCUAUACACGCUGUCGACUACGUUACAUGUACCUCGCACUGCUGAAAUGACCACCCCAGAGGCCUUGGCGCUACAGGGUUACAUACCCUCAACGCCGUUGUCACCGACCAUCGCGAUCUCUAUCAAAACCCUCGAGUUGUUCCAGAGAAUAAGACUUUGCAAGGCGUCGUUUAGUGUAGAGGCAUUUAGUAAGGUCCUUUGUGACCUCUACGGAGUACCUUACCAACGAUGUCAAUGCAAUGCCUUGUCGGCUGCUUUUGAUGUUUAUCUGGAGAUUCUACGUACCGUUGAUAAGCGUGUGGCCGCCUUUCUAGGCAGGGACAGUCCGAAUUGGAGGGUGCUCAAUUCCUGCCCUCCCUGCACCUAUGAGUUGGAAGGAGAGCCUCAUCUCACCUUCACUCGCAUGUUUGCUAUGGAUGGCAAUAACUCCCUCAAACGUGUCGAAAAGAUUGGCGAACGCAGCAUUGGCGAUCAUCGUGUGUUCGAAGGAAGCGACUACUACCUUUCUGAGGAAUAUGUCAAUCAAUUUGCGGAUGAAGUGAAGGCACGUAAGAAGGCGGAGGAUUCUGUGUUGUCUGCUGCGCCUAGCAUACCCGAGCCCACACCUACAGGCACUGAAAGUCCGAGGGCCGCCGGCGAAGGUGGAACAUCAAGCGUGACAGAUUCCUCCCCAUUGGAGGGGGGCCAACAUGCACCCGAAGCUCUGCCUGCUACGGGUGCAACAGAUACCCUGCCGGCCACUGGUAAUGGCCCCACAUCAGAGUCCGUGCAAUCGGUACAACCAAACACCGAUGACGAUGUCAUGGAGGCUGAACCUGGUGAUGCGCAGCACCUUCCUGAACACCUCUUCCCAUGUGCCAACACCUGGAAGAACGCCUCCGCCGAUGAGAAGAAGCAGAUGUGGCAGCUCUUUCGCGAGGCGGGUGCCUUUGCCGGUGCAUGCAGGCACGGCAUGAUUCUCUGGAUUGUGGACAUGGUGAAAAGCGGUGAAUUGGCAAAAUAUCCCUUGGCCCUCGUCGCCAAAGCUCUCGACACACUCGGCACACGUCUCUUGAUUGGGUAUGACAUCGGGUGUGCCUUUUCGUCAACCAUUGCAUCAUCAUCUCUUGGUCCGAAGUUCCAGGCCUCUGGAUCGCGAUGCUGUGUGAACGCCUUCCACGGAUACAGCCAUAACUAUCUCUGCCAAGUCCACAAUCACCCUAAUGUCAUCGUCGGAAUGGGCCUCGAAGAUCUGGAGGUAAUGGAACACAUUUUCAGUGCAUCUAACCAGCUGGCUCCAGUCAUCCGCUAUGCCACACGUUUUCGACGUCGUGUUCUUAUUGAUUUGUUCUUUCGUCAGUGGGAUGAUGACAAAUACCUGAAUCUACCUACUUUCCUGUACGACAACUACAAGCAGGCACUCAAGAUUAUCCGAGAAGAUUCAAUCGCGCUCGAAGAAGCGAUGAAAGCAAGCCAUGUACUUUUGACCCUCGGCAAAGAAACAGACUAUGAUGUACAUGCGGUCGCUUAUGUCGAGCUGCUCCAGAAACUUGCCAAGUUGACUCGACUCUAUGAUGACAAGACAUCGUCGUUUUUGGUAGCUACUCCCUCAGAAUACAGGAGUGCAGAGGCUGGUGCUGGCGCUACUACAGGGGAGACUUAUGGCUCAGAGUUAUCAAAGACAAGAUGGCUCGAGACGGAACACAAACAUUUGGAUACCGAGCAUCAAUCGGUGUUGAAAGAGGUCAUGGAAUUUGAGCUGAAGCUAGGGAUCACAACAACCUGGACUCCUUCCACACCGGAAUAUAUCAAUGCUCUCACCUACAAGGACCGUCGAGAUUAUGACAUUGUGAAAGCUCUUCAAAAUCGGAGCAAGACCAUUCAGAAAGCCGUGAAAACGUACAACGCCGCGGCACUCGCACUUAAGCCACCCAAACCGACUAUCGACUGGGGAACCGUGUCGCACUUCAAAUUCUUAGAGGACUUCCCCCUCCUUCGCAAUACAAAGGCCGAUAUCGAUGGAAAACCCUGGGCAAAGCCGGUUAUUCGUGAGAUUAUCAAACAGCAUCACCGGCUGUGCCGCGCUCGCGAGGAGAUCACAAGGUGCAAUGUCGAAAUUCGUCGGCUUCACACUUACAUCAUCGAUGAGGGGAAAGACUUCGAACGAGCCCUCCUGCGAUGCACGCCAGCCAUUGGGCCUCUUGGUGGUGCUGUUAAGGAGUUUAUUCAUCGCCGAACACGGGCAAAUAUCUCCGUUCUCACCCGACUCGCUCGUAUCUACAAAUUCGAAGAAUUUUCAGGAAACAGCACACCAGGUGUUCGGAAGGGCCAAGCUCCAAUGGACAUUUCAGAAGACAGUGCGGUGCAGCCAGCUGUGGCAGCCAGCGAACACGAGAACUUGAAUGUGCCAUCUACCGUUCAGCAGGAUCGACUGAUAACACCUCAUGACAUUGCAAACGACGACUCGGACAGUGAUUCUGAUGGAGAAGGUGACACUACUCAAGAAGGCCUUGUUGCUAUUGUUGAUUUUGUGUCGCAAUUGUCAGUCAAAGACGGCUGGCGUGCACACUACAUCUCGAACAUGAACACUGGCGAGGUAUGCUACGUCUCUGUUGGUGGUACCCAACGAGGCAUACAUGCAAGCAUGCCUUUCCUCAGCAGCCGUCGCAACCACCCUACUUUUCCAAUUGUUUUCAAGUGCCAGUCCCAUGCCGAGGCAAGCAUGUUAACUAUGGUGAAUGGGCUGAUCGAGCGCGGUCCCACGUUUCAUGGCGAUGUCCUCAACAUUGCCUGGUUUGUCUUCACAGACCCAUUCAUCAUGCAAAUAUGCCCCGACAGGCACCCUUUUUAUCCAGUUUACUAUGCCAAGAUGUCCCUGAGGGUAGUUUUCAGAGACUACCGGGAUGUGGAGCCCAUCGUCAAUGGUGCUGUGCGGCCUAUCUUUCGUCGCUGCGAGUACUUUCACGAGGCAUUAGUUUUCAUGAUCUUGCGUGGUCAGCACCACCUUCUUGAUGAUUUCCCUUUUACCCCAAAACCGUAUGAAGAACGACGAAGUCCACGUACAAGCGUCGGUGCCCCACCUUCCAUAAUUAUCCCUGCUGGCAGCUCUACCCCUUCUAGUUUACCCUCGGUCAGCUCCGUCUCAUCAGUGACAUCGUUGGAUUCGCAAUCAACAGCAGCAAGUGGUAAAUCUGCCUCCCACCCACCGAAACACGCCACAGGGGCCAAGGGAAAGAAAAUGAGUGCCGACCCCUCCAAUCACCAACAACUUGCCAUUACUAUGACCCCUGCCACAUCCAAGUGCCCACCUACAACCAGGAAGCCACCUGCCAACACUGCCAACACUGCCAACACCCCCACCGCCACUGCCCAAAACUCAGAUUCUGCUCUGAACCACCUAAAAGCAUCAGCUGCCACCUCUACCAAGAAGCAACCUAUUGUGAUAGUGAGUUCAGAUUCGGAGAUUGAUGAGUCAGGCGAGGGCGACGGCUUGGACACCGUGGUACUACUGCCCAAACCUUGCCUCCGUCAUCGUUUCAUCCGUUCAUUGGCAGGUAUUGUCGGCACGGUGGAAGUUGGUAAGGAAGGUCCUAUUGAAGACCCGCCACCUUUGAUCAACAAGUUCCUGGACCACUUCUUCAAGUGCCACGGUUUCCUUUCCUCCUCAAUUUGGACUAUAAAACAUGCAAGCGAUCACAGCAAGAACCGAACUGAUUUCAUAAAGUACCUGACCGACCGUGGCGCGCCUCGGUUAGAGAUUGAGUGGAUCUGGGAGCACCUUGGUCGCCAGGAGUGA